AUGCCGCGGCCGCUCAGCGUCUCUGAGAGCAUGGAGAGGGCCUGCACUGAGCAGCAGAGCCUGGAAGAGGAUGAUGAUGAUGACAAUGACAACGAGGAGUUCAGUUACACCUGUCCCUUGGCACAUCCUCCACCCCCAUGCAUGAAUUUGGGUGACACUCAGCUGGGAGACGCUGAGUUCUCAUUUAAGCCAGGGCACUCUUGCACGGUGAGAGAUGACGGAGAGAAAAACAGAAUAUAUGCCAAAAGGUUGGCCAGGCACGCGUUGGAGCUCAAAGAGAAUGCUCAGGAGUUUGAGGAACCAUUUUACAAAGACACGGAGAUGUCCAACGGCCCGUUCGAGGAGGAGGACAGCAGCUGGACCAGGACCUACCACCUCCCUGUGCACCAAAGGAAACACACGUCUCAAGCUGCCAACGCGUCACCACGCGGUUGCUAUGACUCCUACCAGCAUGACCCGUUUUCCCUAUGGGCCCAACCCAGCGACCCAUACCUCUCCAGCCUGGAGAACACCAGGGGAGCAGACCCCCACAGGUGGCACGAGGAAUCCAUCGGGGACCGGGAGAACUCCUCGCUGCGUGUGUCCUACAGCGAGCUGUGGGAGGAGAACAACAAGCUGCGCAGGGUGGUGCGGAGCAUGCAGGGCUCUCUGGAGAGCCAGGCUCAAAGCAUGAGGAGCCUGGAGCGUCGGCUGAAGGCCAGUCUGGCCAAGGAGGAGAGGAGGGCCCAGGGGCUGCAGGCCCUCAACCAGCAGACGGAGCGCAGCCUCCAGAUCAUGACCCAGCGGGCUCUGGAUGCGGAAAACCACGUGGAGAAGCUGAAGCAGGAGAUGCUGCUUCUCCAGGGAGAGCUGGAGUCCUCCAAGGUGAAGAAUGAGAACCUGAGAGUGGGGCAGAGCAUGGACCCGGAGGCGGUGAAGCACAACGUAGAUUUUGCCUUGAAGAACCUCCAGAAGAUAAUAGCGGGUGCAAACUGGUCCAUCAAGCAGCUGGUUGCUGGGACAGAGUCGCUGAAUUUUGUCACUGAGAUUCUUAAAUCCACGGGCAAAAUUUCUGAUGCUGAAGCAGAGAAAAAAGAAUGAAUCAAACACUGUGGAUGUGUUCAACCACAGCCUAUACAAAAACUUUUGCUCUCACAUGUGU